UAAGUUUUCAAAUUUCAAAGAAAAAAAAAUCAGAAAUUUUGUAAUAAUUUAGUGGAACAAUCGAAAAAAUGGCGAAGUUAGCUUCCAUUUUGGCAUUCUCACUAGUGUUGUUUCUAUCAAUUUGGACGGUAUUGGGCGACGACGAUAGCGAGGGCCAGAGCUCGGAUGAUCAACUUGCUGGGUUAUCGUUGGAUCAAUUGUCAGCCGCUGCUACUGCCUUUGGGGUUGAGCAAGCGGCAAAUAGCUUAACCGGUUCCGCCGACGACGACGAGGAGGAUGCCAAGGAUGCACCGCCGUCGUGGACUGACUGGGCCAGAGGCAAACUCGAGGGUCUCGACACUCUCGGCCUCAAGGACUUGCUGUCUUCCUCCCCGCCUUCACCCGUAUCUGGUCCAGCACCGUCCGUCACACCUGCUUCGGAACCGUCUCCGGAUCAGAUUGCAGCAGAACCCACCUCGGGGCCUUCCCCUGCUCCAUCACAUAACUUCGAACCUGAUUCGGCAUAUGAAUCCACACCCAAUUCGGCACCGGGGGCAGCACCUGUUCCGGCACCGGGGCUUGCACCUGGACCGGCACCAGGGCUUGCAUCUGGACCAGCACCUGGACUAGCACCAGGGCCAACACCUGGUCCCUCAUCGGGACCCGCACCCGAGUUAGAGCUAGAGUCGGCAGACUUAGCAUUCGAUUUUGCACCAGGGUCUCCAUCCGAAAUGCCAAUGGAAUCAGCGUACUCCCCAUCCGUAAUGGCGCCCGAAUUCGCACCUGAAUCGGCGGGAGACUCCAUACCCGCAGAUGUGCCGGCGCCUGCUCCGGUACCAAUGGCAUAAAUGAUGGGAAGAGUAAAAAGCACCCAGGAUACAGGAUAGCUCUAGCUUUUUACAUUCUUAGCAAGUGAAAAAGGCUCUGAAUUGCGUGUCGUUUCCUUUGUCCAUUCUCCAACCAUAAUCAGUCUAGCCUACUGUAUUCUCCGCUUUUUUUUUUUUCUCAACUUUUGGUUUCACUUUUUUUUUUAAUGCAUAACUUUGCAUAAGUGUUUUUUUAUGAUAAUAUAAAUGAUGAUUAUUG